UGGCAAAUAUUUCCAUCAUCAAUUUUUCUCUUUCCAUUCCCUUUGUUUUCUUCAUUCCCUUUCUUCUCUCCAUUCCCACCCCACCUACCAUCAUCACCCACCACUAAGCAACCCUCCAAAAAUUCUUUUCUUUCCACUGUAACUCUCUCUCUCUCUCUCUCUCUCUCUCCCUCUCCUGCACAACCUUCCUUUUUUUGUGAAAUUUCUUUGCUUGAAUCUAAAGAUUGAUCCCUUAUCUAACUCUGUAUCCGUUUUUUUCUUGUGGCUUUCUUGCUUACCAAACAGAAAAAACUGUUAGAACAUCCAAGUGCAUCUAAAUUCCUAUGGAAUCAUUCAAUCCAACAGCCGGAUUCCGGUACAACCUGAAUUCAAACACAAUAGCCGAUGAAAAUAGCGUUUCCGAUCAGUUUUCAGGGAUUCUUGAAAUCUAUGCUCAUCAUGCUAGGAACAUUCACAACAUAUGCAUCUAUGAAAACCAAGAUGUGUACGCCAAAUUCUCUCUUACGUACAAUCCAGACGAGACGCUCACCACUAGGGUCAUCAAUGGAGGUGGCAAGAACCCCGAAUUCAACGAAAGCUUGAGGAUCAAAAUUGGUCAACUGGAUGCAGUCCUCAAAUGCGAGAUUUGGAUGCUGAGCAGGGCAAGAAACUACAUGGAAGACCAGCUGUUGGGAUUCACUUUGGUCCCAAUUUCUCAAGUGACUGGGAAGGGAAAGGUCACUCAGGAUUAUAGUCUCUCUUCCACUGAUCUCUUCCAUUCCCCUGCUGGAACUGUCAAACUAACUCUUUCUCUCCAUACUUCUUUGCCUGUUAAACCCUCCACUAGUUCGUUGUCGGAAUCAUCCGCCAACUCUUCCAUAACCUCCGAAGUUGUAUUGCUUGAUCGAAAAAUAUCUCAAGUUGCGUUAGACCCGGUUGAGUAUUCGAGGAUGGAAUUCCCAGACAUUGAUGUGGCGAGUAAGAAUCAACAAAUGGUGACCGAGUAUUUUAGUUUGGCAAGGCGUGACUGUGCUUGGAGACCUGGUCCCGAAGGUCUUGGAUCGUUUCUUCAUCUCGGUGCAUCUCCUCAGCCUGCUGCUGAUCCUGACUAUGAAAUGACUGUAAGUUCAUGUGAGGGGAUUCAGGGUGACCCUGUUUCUCCCAAUGGGAGCAUCCAGAACUCCGGCUUCUUAAGUUGUACCACCACUAGCUUGAGCGAUGAUCGAAACUCCGCUGAUUCAAUCGACAAGAAGAAUCUUGUGGCUGGUGAAUCGUCGAAUUCUCUCAAUGCUUCUGUCACCGCCGGAGCAGCUAAUCAAGGUUCCGCUGCUUGUCCAGACACCCCAACCUCAAGAAAGGGCAGAGAAGGCAGAGACGAAAAGGAGUCUAACUUGUCAGGCAAGGAAGAGGAGAGCAACAAGGAACAGAAAGUUGGAUCUGGUCAAUUUGGUCAAGUAUUUUCUGCUCCACUUGGGAAUAUAAACAUGGAGGCGGAGCAAUCUGCAAUGCAGCAACAAAUAGUGGACAUGUACAUGAGAAGCAUGCAGCAAUUCACCGAGUCUUUGGCGAAGAUGAAGCUCCCGAUGGAUCUUGAUAAAGCAGAAUGUGAAGACCGCAGCGAAGUGAUUCCAAACCAUAGCAACAAGAGUUUAGAAGUUGAUAAAAAAAAGGACGGAUCGCGGGUGUUCUAUGGCAGCCGUGCCUUCUUCUGAUUGCUAAUUCAAAUGCUGCAAUGUUUGACGGUAUAAAUUUAUUUAGCAGAAGAUUUGAGUUUAAUUUAUCCGAACUAAUUUUUAUAGGAUGCAUUACGUUUGUGGAACGUACGUCUUCCUUUUAGUCUUUGUUUAAUUUGUUGCUCUUAAUUUCUGAUGUGAAUAGUUGCUUCAGAGUUCAAAUUCAGAUGUACAUUUAUUGCUGCCUAAACUAAAACAACUAUAUGGUAGUGUACUUGGGCAUAGCCAAAUUGGUUAGAGCAACAUGCUCGACUCCUGCCUUUGCACUCUAGUACGAAUCAUGUCUCCCCAUUUUCGAUUAAAAAGUCAAGUCAAUGUGAUUUUCA